AUGCCAACACUUUUACUCAGACGACAAGACCGACAGAAUGACUCAUCAGCCACCAUUCAAUGGAAUCCAAACGAUGACGCAGGCCCGUCGUUGGCUGCGGAACGGGCAGCUAUUCAACUGCUGGAGCAGCUUUCUCCAAGCAGCACCUUGGAUAGACGAUUGGUUUCAGCGCUCCAGUCUUAUCUGAUUGACUUUUACGAAUUUUGUGAGGACAAUUUUGACAGAGACGUUCAACACUACAAAGCUCGCAUGGUGGCCUCCCGUGGAGGUUCGGGGACCUCGUGUCCUCUCUGGCACAUUGACCAUGUCCCUAUUCGAUGGAUUCAAGCUUUGACUGGUCCUGGAUGUGAGCUCAUAAAAUCAGAAGAAGGAAUCAACUGGGAUGCUUUUGGUGAUGAUUCUGCGGAUGAACAAGACGUAUACAUGUCGGCAGAGGAACAGAACCAACUGAGGGUGGACUUGAACGUGGCAAGUAUAUACCAGGCCCAAACCAGCGAAGUUGCUCUUCUAGUGGGGGACCGAUGGAACGAGUUUUCUUCCCAGCAGCUGAAGCCAGUCGUCCAUCGUUCUCCAACAUCUAUACCCAUCUGGGAAAGGCGGCUUCUGUUGACCCAAGACGUUGUCAUCGACUCUUGCUACUAA